UCCUUCCUACUCAAGUCCUAUCUAUUACUUAUUAACUCUUCCUUACCAUUCAAUCUAAAACCUUCUUUUUGCCUAAUUGUUUUCAAAAAACUAUGACAAAUAAAUCAUUUUUCAACACAUUUAUCACCUUAUUAGUGAUAACACUAACAAUAUUUCCUCAAAAGUCGCUGCAAGACUCAUCACCUUAUGUGUGUCCAUACCCUUGUCUUCCACCACCCAUUGGAGGCUCUACAUACCCUAUACCACCACCAUCACCGUUUGUUCCUCGGCCUUCACCACCAUCCUCCACCACCAACUGCCCACCACCGCCAUAUCCUCCAUCCGGUGGCCCUGGCUACUACUACUCUCCACCACCACCACCUUCAACAGGAUACACCCCACCAAGUUAUGGUUAUAACCCUCCUAGCGGAGGGUACUACUACCCACCUAGUGGAGGGUACUACCCUCCAAGUGGAGAGUACUAUGGAAAUGCUCCUCCUCCUCCUAAUCCAAUUAUGCCUUAUUUUCCUUAUUACUUCAGGAACCCUCCACCUGGACCUCAAGAUAUAUCUAUAGCAACAAGACUAAGUAGCUUGUGGGUGGUGAUUUUAUUAUUGUCUUGGUUGCUUUUCUUGGUUUGAGGCGAAUACUUCUGUGUUUUUAAAUUUUGCUAUGUUUUUAAAGUUGUUAUGCUUUUGAAUUUGUCACGAUAUAACUAUCACAAUGUAUCAAAUUCUAAGAUUAAUUUAGCAAAUUUAAAAAGCAGAAGAGUAUAUAUGAUCAAGGGAAUAUAGAUACAAGGGCAACACAUUACUUAACAAAGAAAAUUUCUACUUAAAUUUUAAUGGGUCGGAUCAAAUGGGUUGUUCACCAACCCGACAUAUUAAUGAUUGUUGCUUAGCCUACCUCGUUGAACAUGUCUAUUGGUGAUGUUAUUGUUGUAGAAUUUGGUUGCUUAUUUUGGUAGGAGAUAAAUAGUUGAUCAAAAGGAUCACACUUAGAGUGAGAUGAAAGUGAGGUGAAAAUUCAUUAGAAAUUUAAUGUAAUUGAUAUAAUUAGCUCUAAAAGUUAAGUACAUUUUUAUUUUAUUUUGUUAAUCAAUAAAAU